AAAACAAAACAAAAAAGGGAUUUCAGUUUUUAGUUUUUUUAGUAGUUUUCAAUCAAUCAAAGCCUUGAAGCCCUUAGCAACUACAGCUUCGAGACAAUAACGAGAGGCGAGCAAUAGAGAGAGAAAACACAGACUACCAAUACGCGCACAAAAUAAAAAAAAGGGCACAAAAUUCUUUUCUUUCUUCUUGAAUCCAAAAGAACCCUAAGAUAGAGAAAUCGGUAGUUCAAUUUCGCAUUGCAUUUCGAGAUCUCGAUUCUUCAGACCGUGUCAGGGAUUGGUUGUGCAUUGGCUAUGGCAAAUUCUAAGGGUUCAUCAAACUUCAGAAAUUCUUUGUACUCUGGAAAGCAUGCUUUACUGCCUCCUAAAAUUCCAUUUCCUAGUGUUUCUCCGGCAUAUGUUGAUUAUGCAUCCAGUAGUGUAAUUGGACCAAAAGCGAUUCAAAAGCCUAAAGAGGGUAAUGUACACCACCAGCGAACAUCUUCUGAGAGUUUCCUAUUGGAGGAGCAACCUUCUUGGCUUGAUGAUCUCCUUAAUGAGCCAGAUACACCGGUGCGCAGAGGAAGUCAUCGACGAUCAUCAAGUGACUCUUUUGCAUAUAUAGAUGUAAUAAAUGCUUCUAAGAUGGAUUAUGCAGCUCAGGAUGAGUACAGAUAUAAACAUUUGAUCUCUGUUCCUUCUUGGGGAUCUAAGGAUUUGGAUUAUCACAAGGAUUCUAGGCAUGCCCAUUUCUAUAGUGAAGCAAGCUUGGCGAAGCCAAAGAACAGAGCAUGGGAAUCACCAGUGAAUACCGUGCCUCAUCCAAGUAGCCUUCCUUCUGCCAGGGAGAGUGUUCUGCAGGGCUCAGGAGCAUCAGGUGAAACACAUGAAGCAGAUGGUGUUACAUCUACAGCAAAUGAAAAGCUGGAGGCAGCAGAAGUUGGUCCUCAUGAUCCAAAAUCAUCCGAGAAAAAGGAUAAUUCCCAUACUAAGCCAUCUGAAUCUGACAUGAAACGUGCCAAGCAGCAAUUUGCCCAACGUUCAAGGGUCCGGAAACUUCAAUACAUAGCUGAGCUGGAAAGGAAUGUGCAAGCUUUACAGGCAGAAGGGACUGAAUUUUCUGCUGAGCUUGAAUUUCGUAACCAGCAGAACCUUAUUCUGAGCAUGGAGAACAAAGCUCUGAAGCAACGUUUAGACAAUUUAGCUCAGGAGCAGCUUAUAAAAUGCUUGGAGCAGGAGGUAUUGGAGAGGGAGAUUGGAAGGCUGCGAGCCUUGUACCAGCAGCAGCAACAUCAGCAACAGCAACAACCACCAUCUUCAAGUCAUCAACGCACUAGCAGCCGAGACCUUGAUUCCCAGCUUGCAAACCUAUCCUUGAAACACAAGGAUGCAAAUACUGGCCACGACUCUGUGACUGGUCCACUUCACAUUUAACUGCACGAUAUAGCUAUUGUGUUGUGCCACUACUUUCCACUAUUGGCCCUGCCAACAUUGACAUCAUAAAAACCGAGCUCAUCCAAGUCUUGGUGCUCCCCUCACUGGCUGAUUUGCCCAUGUUAGUUUUUCCGCUGUUUCAUUCCCUUUGUUUUUUGGUUUUUUUUUUUUUUGACCUUUUGAAAAAUUAUUAUUUUCUUGUGCACCUGGUAGUCAUUGCCCGAAAUUUGCACUUCGAGCGCAUGAAUGACUCGCCCGAGGUGGUAACUUAAACCAGGUUCCAUGUCUUGCCCUAUCAUGUAUGCUCUAAUUGUUAGAAAAAGGUUGUAUGCUUUGCAGUUCUCUUCCAUUUAUAUGUCCAUCCUGUGGGUUCCAUUCAACCGCACAACAUGGUGAUUAGGUUAUUUUCAAUGUCUAAGAAAAUCGCUUCCAGUAUCAUGUAUCAGAUGAAACACAUUUUUCUUUCAUGAGUUGUUUAAUAGUUUAUAAUUUUGAGAUUCAUUUGGUUACAGUAUAGUACUUAUAACAUUUAAAGUUACAAGUUAUCUCAUCUUUUAGAUCAA